GGGCGACCCGGAGUAAAUGUAGUGGGGUCGGGCCUGCGAACGGGGACGAUGAUGAGACCUCUUACCCCGCAAGCCCGGCUGACACAGGCAGCGCGAACGCGAAGUCAGGCCAAGGCCAGUGCUAGCCAAGAACCUCCCCGGAGAGAGCCUGAGCCAGGAAGAAGGAAGGAGGAUGUGGAAGUGGAGGAUGAUGACGACGAGGAGGAAGAGGAUGAAAGGUUGCGCCAAGAAGAGGACCAGAGGGCGGAGCAAAGGGUGAGGAAAAGAGAGGCCAGGGAAGCGGCUGAGCCGGUUUUGCACGGCUGGAAGAAUGCCCCUAAGCUCCGCGAUGGAUUGAAGGGGAGGUUGUCGUGGCGUCUGGUACCCAACGUCCAUCUGGGUACGAUCCUGCCCAAGGAGGUGGAGUGGGCAGAGUCGGGCACGAAGAUGGAUUGGACGUGUGUGGCCUGCGGCACACUGGAUUUUGUAGUGAAGGGCUCCAAGUGUACAGCGAUGGUGAACACAGGGGCGGAGAUGAAUAUCAUCCGGGAGGCGGAUUCCAUCAGGUUCGGACUGGAUAUAGACCGAUGUGACUGCGGCAUUCUACAUGGGGCAAGCUGCAGGGCCAUGUUUUGUGGGACAGCCUCGAAUGUGUUCAUCGAGGUUGGGAAAGUAAAGGCCAGAGCAUGUUUCUUCGUCAUGCCGGAUGUGGAUCACGGAAUCCUCCUAGGGAGGGGGCGGCUCAAGCAGGGUUCCCAAAGGCGGUACAAGACGGUAGACCAGAAGUGUCGCCCAGUCCCCGUCCUCGUUACUGAGGACGAGGAGGUGUACUAUGAACGAGAGCGGGGGUUGAUACGGCGGAUGAAGGAGAAAGCCACAGCAGGGCCAUGCUGUAUCAACGAAGAGAACGAUGAGAAACUGAUUAUAGGGAAGCCCGACUUCCUAUUGCCUCAGGAACGAGCCUUGAUGGUAGAGCUAAUGAAGAAGAGGCAUCGCGCCUAUGCGUUUAGCGACGAGGAGCGUGACAGAGUGGAUGUGGACAAGAUACCUAUGAUCCACAUCCAUACCGUGCCGCACGAGCCUUGGAACCUAAGGGGGGCGCGAUAUCCUAAUCCUGACGAGGAGAAGUUGGUGGUGGAUUACCUCGAUGGCAAGAUAAGCACGCAUGUCGCCGACUAUUCUAGUGGACCAUAUGCGUCCCCGUGGUUUUGUUUUAUCAAGCCUAACGGGACAUUGCGGUGGAUGCAAGACCUACAAAGGCUAAAUGUGGUGACUGUGCGGGAUGCUGGAGGAUUGCCCAAUGCGGACGCGCUAUCAGAGUCCUGUGCUGGAAGGCCUAUAAUUUCACUUCUAGACCUUUACUCAGGAUAUGACCAGUUUCCGGUCUAUCCGCCAGAUAGGUCGGUGACGGCUAUGCAAACGCCUCGAGGACUGAUCCACAUGAAUGUGGCUCUGCAAGGGUGGACUAACACGGUGGCGAUGGUCCAACGGGCCAUGAUUCGGGUUAUGCAGUCAGUCAGCCCGCAUAUCACUCAGCCAUAUAUUGAUGACUUGGCAGUGAAAGGGCCGGCAGUGAAGGAGAGUGACGAGGUUUUGCCCGGGGCGAUUGAGAGGUUGAGUGGAGCCGGCAGGUUCGAGGAGCCCAUUGCCCGGAUCCGUAGGGAGGCGACGACGAGGCAAGAGGUGGAGAUGAGGAUGCAGGAGCUACGACCCUCGCCUGUGGGACCUGAUGGCAGGCCGAUUCGCCUAGAGAUCGGAAAUGCGGCAGACUUUAUCCCCGCCUUCGAGUGGUUCAUGCAGCGGCAGGGUACACCGAGAGAUGACUGGGCGAGGACGCUACCCCUCUGGACCAGAAAGGCGGAGAGACCACUGGCUAGGCAGAUCAAAGAUAUGGCCCGGGAUUGGGAGAGUUGUAGAGUACACUUGAGGGAGGCCUUCCGACGACCAGAGUCGCCUCAACCCCGAGUUGAGAGGCGCCAGACGAGCAGGAGGCAGAGGGACCCUGAGCCCAGUGAGGCAAGGCCAUCGCGAGGGGGACGGAAGGCCCUGGCCAGGAGAGAAGAGGAGCCGGAGCCUGAGGAUGAGGAGCGAGGGGCGUAUCCUGAGUAUGGAUUGGGACCGGUGGAGUUUCAUCAUUUUACCGAGGGUGGAUUGAGGAGGUCGCCAGUGCGCACACAAGAGGAGGCGCCGGCAUCUGAGGGGCCGUUGAGGGAGUUGGAGGCGCAUCUGGACGUCUCUCGAUGGGGAGCGUCGCCUCGAGGCGAGGAGCGUGAGGAAGUGCCGCGUGAGGAGGUGCCACGAGAGGAGGUGCCGCGUGAGGAGGUGCCGCGUGAGGAGGUGCCACGAGAGGAGAUGCCACGAGAGGAGGCCCGAGAUACUCAGCGAGAGAGAGGGCUGGGCGAUGAGGGAAGACGUGCAGGGAAGGAAGUGAUAGAGGUUGAAAAAGACACACCCCCUCAGAUGCCAGUAGUGGGUUUGAGGCCUGCGGAUACACCAGGGAGCACUUGCCAGGCAGCAGAGGGAUUACAGAGAGAGGAGGCCCCAUUACCUUCAUCAGAAAAGGCUCCUUCGCCAGAAAAGAGAGCAGAAAGGAGGAGAGAGGCCGCAAGCAUGAGGAGAGAAGCCUUGGCCCUGAUUGACAGGCACCAAGCAGCUCAUGCCCUGGAGCACCCAGACCUGGAGGAGCCAGCACCUGCAGAGCCGCGCCAGGAGCCGUGCCAGCCUGAGAAGGAGGUGGAGGCAGAGAUCCCGAAGAGGGUCGACCUCCGCACGAGGGAGAGGCCGCCAGCUGGAGAAACAGCUAAAGAAAAGAGGGCGAGAAGAAGCAGGAGGAUAGAAGAGAUAUGGCAAGAGAGGCAGAGGUUGGAGGCAGCGGCGGCACUUCCGGAGCAGCAGCAGGAAAGGCAGAGUUUGGAGGCAGCAGGGGCACUCCCAGGUGAGCCACCCAGUGCACCAGCUAAGGCCCCGGAAAUCCCAGAGAUGUGGAGAGACUUCUGGGAGCAGAGAGGAGAGGAGCUUCCUUCGCCAACAAGAGCCGGGUUUGGGGUAGCAAGGAAGGCAGAGGAGAGGCUGGAUCACAAGAUCAAGUUCCUGGCCAAGACAACUUUUGAAGGGUACUUGUUGUUGGAGAGCGAUCUGGCAGGGAAGAAGACGAAGGCAGAGGGCCAUGGAUUGCGCUUGGAGACAAUGGAGGUAGAAAUCCAGGAGCUCAGGGCAUUGGUGGCUAGUCAGGCUGCCAUUAUUGAGGACUUGAGGCAGCAGCGUCAAGGGGGAGCGGACAAGGCCGAGAGCAGCCGACAAGGAGAGCAGAGGCACCCAAGACAGGGAUUGCCAGGACAGCCAUCUGCAGCGGAGCCCCGCCAGGAGCCACCUAUGGGGAGAGUUAUCCUGGAACCAGAGGAGGCGAGAGCCCAGAGGGAGGCAGCGUCCUUCCUUUUCACUUCCAGUUGAUGCCGCUAGUGAAUACAGCCUCCCCUGGUUCUCAUAAAAAUUAAAGGACCACUCUCCCCUUGCUGGUACUACCAGUUUCCGCUCA